GGUGAGACCACGGAUUUUGAGUUGUUGAAGCAUCAGCUGUCAGACCCGGACAUAAAGGAUGCCCAGAUCAUUAAUUGGCUGCAUGAAUUUCGAGCGUCUGUUGCAUAUUUGACCAAAGAGCUUGAACAACUGGUCAGCAUUUUGCUGAAGCUGCCAUGGUUGAGAAGAAGCCGAGAGGUAGUGGAAGAAUAUCUGGGUUUUCUUGGCAACUUAGUGUCAGCACAAACUGUCCAUCUUAGGCCAUGCCUCCGAAUGAUUGUAUCCCAGUUUGUCCCCCCUCGAAUAACCAUCAGAGAAGAUGAUGUGGAUAUUUCAGACUCUGAUGAUGAUGAUGAAAACCUCUCCAAAAACUUUAAUACAUGCCAUAGAGCAUUGCAAACUGUUGCAAGAUAUGUUCCUUCGACACCACAAUUUCUCAUGCCCAUACUUGUGGAAAACUUUCCUUUCAUUAAUAAAUCAGAAAGAACUCUGGAAUGUUAUGUUCAUAACCUGCUACGAGUUACAGUGUACCUUCCAACUCUGAGGCUUCAAAUUCUGGAGCUUAUUAUUGAAAAGCUGUUAAAGUUGGAUGUCAGUACUCCACAGCAAGAUAUUGAAGACGCUGAAGAAACUGCUAAUAACUCUGAUAGUGAGGAAAAGUCUACAGAGGAGGGACUUUUUGACAUGGAGGAAGAUGAAGAAAGAAAAGGAAACAAAGUUGUCUCUUCCAGGAGUGAGAGAAUGGCCCAUCCACUUGCAGAGCGCCUUGAUAUUUUGAUGACCAUCCUGUUUUCCUAUAUUAAAGAUGUUUGCCACGUGGAUGGCAAGCUUGAUAUCAACAACACAAAGGAUUUGUAUCGGGAUCUGGUUUCUGUUUUUGACAAGCUCAUUUUACCAACUCAUGCUUCAUGUCAUGUGCAGUAUUUCAUGUUUUACAUCUGUAGCUUUAAAUUGGGGUUGGCUGAGGCAUUUUUAGACCAUCUUUGGAAAAAACUGCAUGAUCCAAACAAUCCUUCCGUGAUCAGGCAGACUGCUGGGAGUUAUAUUGGCAGCUUUUUGGCAAGAGCUAAAUUUAUUCCAGUUGUUACAGUAAAAGCAUGUCUGGAUCUUCUGGUUAACUGGAUGCAUAAAUACAUUGAUAAUCAGGAUACAGGGGCUAAUGCCUACUGUGAUGUAGCUCUCCACGGGCCAUUUUAUUCUACAUGUCAGGCAGUGUUCUAUACACUUAUUUUCCGUCAUAAACAGCUUUUGGAUGGAAACUUAAGGAAAGGUCUGUCGUAUCUGCAGAGUUUAAAUUUUGAGCGAAUUGUCAUGUGUCAGCUAAACCCUCUGAAGAUUUGUAUACCCUCUGUUGUGAAUUUGUUUGCUGCCAUUACCAGGAAAUACCAGUUGGUGUUCUGCUACACAAUUAUUGAGAGGAACAACAGGCAGUUCAUACCAGUCGUUCGGAGUGGUACUGGGGGGGACCUUGUGCAGACGUGCACUAACCCACUCGACAGUUUCUUCCCCUUUGAUCCCUACGUGCUCAAAAGGUCAAAGAAGACUAUUGAUCCUUUUUAUCAGUUUUGGGAAGAGCUGAGUGCUGAAGAUCUAGAGAACCUGAAGAAACCCAUUAAAAGGGGUACUUCUGAAGAUGAAGAUGAUGACUUUUUGAAAGGAGAAACGCCUCAAAAUGAUGGUGUGAUUGGAAUUGCUCCAAAUUCCUACGAGUCCAAUACCCGGAGCCCAGUGAGCAGCGUUGGCUCCCCUCCAGACUGUUACGUGCCGUACCCUCAGUGAUGCGGAGAAUCAGAAGUGAAAAGGUUGAAAACUGUGUGCAAUUUUUUGCUCUGUAAAGAGACUUUAGCUCAACUUUCUAAACUGGCAAAUGCUUAAGUUACUGCAUUUAAGAAAAAUAUUGUUUCUUAAUCAUUAGAUUUCUACAGAUAUGUUAUGAUGAAGUCAUAUGUUGCUAGAAAAGCCUAGAGAAUAAAUAGGGUGAUAUUUUA